CCCACCCAUUCCAGAUUGAGCCAAUUGCAAAGAUUUGUUUUGUACCCUAUGGGGGAAGCCAACAUACACUGCAAGGGGAAAUAGAUGUCAGAAAUGCAGUGCUUUAUCACUGUAAGCUAUCUGUCCAGAACCAGAUUUGCUUGCAAUGCACAUGAUUGUAUUAUCAAAUCAUACAAGUGGACUUCUGGUGACGAUUAUGGGCAUCCUGCCUGCACUGGAGCUGAACCAACUGGAUCCCAAACAAGUGUGGUGUCUGGUCCAAAUGCUAAAGCUACUGGCCACAAUAGCCUGGCAAGUGUGACGCAGGGUCCAAAUGCCACAGCUGAAGCAACUACCAACCAUGCCUCUGCAGAAGCGGCUGGCCCCCGCGCCUCAGCUGAAGCAACUGCCAACCAUACCUCUGCAGAAGCGGCCCACGGCUCAGCUGAAUCAACUGCCAACCAUGCCUCGGCAGAAGCCAAUGGUCCCCACUCCUCAGCUGAAGCAACUGCCAACCAUACCCCUGCAGAAGCGGCCGCCGGCCUUCGCGUCUCUGCAGAAGCGAAGGCCGGCCUUGAACAGAGACGGCCCGACCCCUCGACAAGCUAGAUAGGGAGAUCAUAAUUUGGUUAGCCCAACUCCUUAAAUCGUCUUUCCCCUGUUACUGUGCCUCCAUUUGAAGAAAAGGGCAAAGGUAACUGGAAUUGUGCAAACUAAUGCACUUGUUUGAAAUAAGGAUCUCCUUCACUUGUGCAUCGUCAUGCAAAUUGUUUACAGGGGUGAACACUACAAUGGUAUGCAUUGUUUUCAAAACCAUACGACUAAAAUUGACAUCUGAUUGGGCCACUAUUGCUGACACUAAGGUUGUACGGUUAUGAUUUUGAUUUGUCCUGGUGUUCCUGCUACUCUUGCAUGAUUUGUUCAAUAAACUAUUUGACUUCCA